GAAGAGCAAGGUUGUCGUGUAGGUGUUUUGAAUCGAAUCUGAAAAGUAGCCAGUCAGGAAUUGUCACUUUCUCACGGUAUCCGGUAUCUACGUGAUAGUUAGCAUCAGGCAAACUUUUAACUUGAAAUAGCAAUAUUAAAAAUGAGUAAGAUUUCAAAGAUGUUUAAAGUGAGCUCCUCGAGCUCAUCCAGCUCAAGGUCUAGUUCUAGUUCUGGGUCCAGCUCCAGAUCUAAACACAGGUCUCGAUCUAACCCAUCACCUCAAGAGGCCAUCAACAGACUGAGAGAGACAGAAGCGAUGUUAACCAAAAAACAGGAAUACUUGGAGAGCAGAAUCGAGCAGGAGAUCAUGAUUGCCAAGAAGAACGGUACCAAAAACAAAAGAGCCGCACUUCAGGCUCUUAAGAGAAAGAAACGUUUUGAGCAGCAGUUAACACAGAUCGACGGGACUCUUUCCACCAUUGAGUUUCAGCGAGAGUCUCUGGAGAACGCCACCACGAAUACAGAGGUUCUGAAGAACAUGGGUUAUGCAGCCAAAGCCAUCAAAGGUGUUCACCAAAACAUAGAUUUGGAUAAGAUUGACUCCCUUAUGCAGGACAUUACAGAACAGCAGGAAGUUGCUCAAGAGAUCAGUGAUGCCAUCUCAAAACCAUUUGGUGAUGAGUUUGAUGAGGAUGAAUUGAUGGCAGAGCUGGCAGAGUUGGAACAGGAGGAACUAGAAGAAGGUAUGAAGAAUAUGGCUAGACUACCAAGUGUACCAGCUACCAAACUCCCCAGCGCAAGACCAAGCCACCGUGAAACAUCCAGGAAGAGAGUGGAGGACGAUCAUGAUAUGAAGAAGUUGGCUGCCUGGGCUUCUUAAGUGUGUUUGUGUGUGUGUGCCCGUGCGUGUGUGUGUUUGUGUGUGCGUGUGUUUCUGUUGUGUGUGUGUUUGCACUCUCAAAGCCCUAUACUGUACUAUUAGUGUCAUUACCUGCACUACCAGGAUUUUGUAUCAAUAUGUGAUGGCUUUUAGAAAUAUAUUGUUGAAUGAAAUUAAGUUUAGCAUGAAUAAUUAAUUCAGAUUAUAUUUUUGGCACGCAUAUGUUGAUCUUUAAGAUGAAGGAUUUUGCUGGAAACGUUGUGUAAAUAAUAUUUAAUAAGUAAAGGUAAACUUUGUUUUUUAAAGAAAUGUAAAUGUUGAAUACUGGGAUCUGGGUCAUAAUAAACUGAUUGUAACAA